ACACUUCAGAGACAGAGGGCGCUUACAACUUAGAAUUUAUAACGUCCUUAUCGGUCUAGUCCGUCACGUGACUAUCAUAUUUUUUGGACUGGGAUUCUAUCUGGAGCUGUUGGAAUUUAGACAAACGAUAGACAUGUCAACGUUGAUAGGGUUAUAAACGCAACUGUACAUAUAUACAGCAGUAGGCCUACAUAUCAAUUACAUAUCUUCAUAGCCGAACGACAUGCGAACUUCCGGGUCCAGCCUAAUCGAAUCUUUCGAAGAAAUUGCAGUCGAGGUUGAGUUACUAUAAUCAGAGACGUAAAAUACGUCUCUGAUCCAAUGAAAUUCAAAACAUAGAUAUUUGGGAAUCGGCCGAGUGAGAACCAUGGGGAAUCAGUCAGCAAAGACAGAAGAUGGUAAACCAAGUCCUGUGAAAUCAACUCCUUCAACUGCAGCCAGCAAACCUGCCAGCAAGGAUCAUAAAUCAAAGAGGAAGACAGGUAAUGUUAAGUCCAGUUCUGGGGAAUCGAAGACAUCUCCAGCAUUGACAGGGGCCUCCAAACCUCUGUCUACAAAGGGGAAUGUCAUACCAAAUACAAGGACAGUGUCUCCACCAUCAUCGUCCGUUGGAAAGAAGGAACUACUCAGAAAAGAUGAUUCAUCAACACCAUCCUUUGAAGGGACAUCUUCCAGCACAACAAAGCCCUCCCUUGAACAGAACAAAAAAUCAUUUUUUGGUAAAAAGACCAUCAAGCAGUCCAGCUUGAUAGUGGCAGCCAUUGAUUUUGGAACUACAUUCUCUGGAUUUGCUCAUUGUACAAGAGAAGGGUAUAAGAAUUCAGGAGAUCCUAAAAUCCACCUGCAUUCCUGGGCUGCAAAAACUACCAUGACUGCAAAAGCACCUACAUGUGUCCUUCUUGAUUCAGACCAAAAGUUCAAAAGUUUUGGGUAUGAUGCCAACUCGGAAUUCCAAGAUGGAGAGGACAUAGAUGACUGUUAUUUCUUCAAGCACUUUAAAAUGAAGCUGUAUGAAUCCAAGGAUGAACUUACGAGGGACACCAUGUUGGAGUCGGAAAAUGGGAAGAAACUGCCAGCUAUCAGUGUGUUUUCUGCUAUCAUAGAGUUCUUCAAGAACAUGUUAUUAAAAGACUUGGAAGCUAAGGAUACACAUUCUGGUUUCUAUGGGUCCGACAUCCACUGGGUACUGACAGUACCAGCGAUCUGGAACCUGAAGGCCAAGCAGUUUAUGAGGGAGGCAGCACACAAGGCUGGGAUAGAAGAUGGUCAGUUGACUUUGGCCCUGGAGCCUGAGGCAGCAUCCCUGUACUGUAGGAAGGUGCCCAGCAGUGUUGUAAGGGCCGACGAUGGACCUUCUAUAGCCAACUUCCAAGCCGGUGCCAAAUAUCUCAUAAUGGACCUUGGAGGUGGGACAAUUGACAUAACAGCCCAUGAGGUACUGAAUGAUGGUCAUCUGAAGGAGAUAAACGAACCAACAGGGGGCUACUGGGGGGGCCUAAGAGUCAACGAAAGUUUUGUACGCUUCCUACAACGCAUUUGUGGCCAAGAUGUCUUACAUGAAAUGGAGAAAAUGUAUCCGGUAGAAUGGCAAGAAAUUAAAGAUGAGUUUGAAAGAAAGAAAUGUGCUUAUGACCCAAAUGGAGUCCUGGGAAAGAUCACCAUUCGUAUCCCGUUAUAUCUUGCAGAAGAAUACAAAAAAAUCACAGAGUGCACAUUGGAGGAAUCUAUUAGUGAGUCACCGUUCAAGGACACGGUAGAAAUUAAAGGAGACAAACUUAGAAUCGACAAACAUGUCUUUGAAUCAUUUUUUGAGGAAUCUACAAGAAAGGUUGUAAGCAAAGUGGAGAAAUUGUUAAUUGAAAACACCCAAUUACAUGAUUUGGGGACAAUUCUUGUUGUUGGCGGCUACGCUGAGGAUCCAUCGAUGCAGAAAGCUAUUAAAGAUAAAUUUGCACAAAAAUACAAAAUUGUGAUUCCAGCUGACCCUCGUAUAGCAAUCCUGAAAGGUGCUGUUAUGUACGGGUUUGAGCUGGAUGCAGUCCGGUCCCGUUUGUGUAAAUAUACGUAUGGCAUAGGUCAUCAGAGGAAAUUCAUCGAAGGAGUUGAUGAUUCUAAGAAAAUGAGAAAGUAUGGCAGACACUCUUAUGUGGAUGAUGCAUUUGACAUACAUGUCAGAAAAGGUGAUUUGGUCAAGUACGGGGAUUUCCAGGAUGGUAAAGACUAUCACCCAUUAAACGAUGAUCAGACACAGGCGUGGUUUGACUUCUAUGCCUCUGACAGUACUGAUCCUUCAUAUGUGUACGAGAACUCAUGUGCCUGCCUGGGAUUUGUCGGUGUGGAUUUGUCACCUAGAGAGCGUGGAGUGGAUGCCACAAUCACGCUCAAAAUAAGCGUCAGUGGCACAGACAUAGAGGUGCAAGCCACAGAAAAAAGGACGGGAAACACCACAACGGCCUACUGCAACUUCCUUGGUUAGAUGUAUGGUCAGAUGACCCUUAAGAACAUUCAGUCAAUAGUUAAAGUUGAAGGGUUCAGCAACACCCACAGAACGUAUGCAGUGUAUAUAGUAACAAGGUUAAUGUGACCUCAUCACCUCAAGGUCAAAUAUACCGGUAGACUGGCUACCAGCCUGUAAGUUUUUAUGAAGAAUUUCUCAAUUGCAUUUUAAUACUAGCCUAUCUCCCCCUCGUUUAAAACUUAGAGUCAGACAUCCAACUGAUAAAAAAUAUUAGAGUUAAUUGUUUUAUGUAAAUAAUUCAAUAUUCUACCAUGUAUCCUGGUUCAUGUCAUACUUGUCCUCACAUGAGCAACUUGUAUCUAUCAAAAAUGUUUUCUCAAAACCACGAAGAGGUGUUCCACAAGGUAGUAUUCUGGGACCACUUUUAUUUUUAUGCUAUGUAAAUGACAUGGAACUGAGCAUCAGUACCGACUGUAAAUUAUUAUUGUAUGCAGACGGCAGCGCUAUUUUGUUUUCUAAUAAAGAUCCUGAGGAAAUCAAAUAGAAAUUAUCCAGAGAAAUAUCCAACUGUAAUAUAUGGCUGGUAAACAACAAAUUAUCCUUACAUCUUGGCAAGACGGAAUGUAUAUUGUACACUAAAAAAAGUUGACAACUUCGAAAUAGAUGUAAAUGGCCAAACAAUAAAAGCUUCAGAAAAAGUGUGCUACCUUGGCGUUGAUAUUGAUAAAUUUUUGACAGGAGACUUCAUUGCUGAGAACAUAAUAAUUAUAAAGAAAGUAAAUUCUCGUCUACAUUUUUUGUACAGACAAUGUAAAAAUCUUCCUCUGGACAUAAGAAUGACGCUUUGUAAUUCACUAGUGCUAUGUAAUUUUGACUACUGCUGCUCAGCCUGGUAUUAUGGUUUAAAUCAAAGGUUGAAAAACCAGUUGCAAGUAGCACAGAACAGAUGUGUACGUUUUAUUUGUGAUUUUGGGCCAAGGACGAGAAUAGAUGGUAAAUUCUUAACAAAUAUGAAUCUUUUGAAUGUUGAAAACCGAGCAAAGCAAUUGGGCUUAAACCAUAUGUUCAAUGUAUUUCACGAAACUUAUCCAAGUUAUAUUACAGAAAAAUUUACGAGGGUUAAUGAACGCCAUGGAUACGCAACGAGAAAAUUAUCUUUAAACUUUACAGUGCCAUGUGCAAAAGGUCAGAUGUCAAAGACUUUCUUUUACAACGGGAUUCAGAUUUGGAACAUUUUAUCUUCUUAUAUACGGUCCAUAGUAAACAAAAUAAAUUUUAAGAAGAGAGUGAAAAUAUUUUUACAGCAGAGUUCUUGAUAUUUUAUGACUAGUUAUGUGUAACACAUAAUGCGUUUUUAUGCAACAGAGACCGUUAGUGUUUUAUACUUAUAUGAAUACUACCAUAUGUGACACAGAACAUAGGGUGGUGAUGUUAAUUUUGUACUCAAUAUAUUACACUGUGAUAAAUAUAUGUAUGUAUUGACUUCUAAUUGUAUUUGUAAAAUGAUCGUAUUUAUGUUAUAUUUUAGGUAGAACAGUGGAAAUAAGUCUGUGACUUUACUGUGUUAUCCCUAUAAAACAUGUAUUGUAUUGUCCAUGUGAUGUACGUUUAUGUAUUGAUGCAAUGGUUUACCAAAUAAAUCAAUCUAUCUAUCUAUCUAUCUAGAGACGGGGGGGGGGGG